AUGGCCUUAGUGAUUCGCCCUCUAGCCCCACUGUGGCUAGGACGACUGUCCCGCAGGCUCUGUGUUAGACACGAGCUGCUUUCAAUAUUUCCUGUGCCGGUGUCGUGCACAUCCUUUAUUCCUGAAGCCCGGGAAGUGCUUGACCUGGUUGACCAAUGCCCAAGGGAGAUCCAGAAAGGGAAGUUCCAGGUCAUUGCCAUUGAAGGACUGGAUGCCACUGGUAAAAGCACUGUGACCCAGUCAGUGUCACAGUCUCUCAAUGCUGCCCUCUUACAUUCGCCACCCCCUUGCAUCGGCCUGUGGAGGAAAAUCUUUGAUGAGGAACCUACUAUCAUUCGAAGAGCAUUUUACUCUUUGGGCAAUUAUCUUGUGGCUUCUGAAAUAGCUAGAGAAUCAGCCAGGUCCCCUGUUAUUGUAGACAGGUACUGGCAUAGCACAGCCACCUAUGGCAUAGCCACUGAGGUGAGUGGAGGCCUACAGUACCUGCCCCCUGCCCACCACCCUGUGUACCAGUGGCCAGGAGACCUGCUGAAGCCGGACCUUGUCCUGCUGCUCACAGUGAAUCCUGAAGAGAGAGUGAAGAGACUGCAGGGCCGGGGCCUGGAGAAAACUAAAGAAGAGGCCGAACUUGAGGCUAAUAAUGUGUUUCGCCAGAAGGUGGAAAUGACUUAUCAGCGUAUGGAGAACCCGAGCUGCCACAUGGUUGAUGCCAGCCCCUCAAGAGAGACUGUGCUACAGAACGUUUUGCAGCUGAUCCAGAACACUGGUCAUUAACUGUAGUUCAUUUGGCCAUGUGCCUCAUUACACUAAAAGAGAAGUUGUGUGAUGCACCUAAACCCCAGGACUCAUCAGGCAUCUUCUUAGAUUCAG